ACCGAGCAUUGCCCGGAAAACUUAUAAAAACUCAAAAAUGCGCGUUUUCCCAGAGUUAAGAUUCGAUUUUUCUCCUCCGAAAACCUCUAUAUAGCAAAUGCAGUCUAAAUCGUUAACAUUACUAUUACUAAUGAAUAUUACCAAUCAUUGUAAUAAAAAAGUUCACAUUAUUUAUUCAAUGUGACAAUGAUACUUACCUGCUUGCUUUGUGCAAUAAAGUGAUUAUUCAAUUAAAAAAACCUAUGAGUCACACACAGUUAAAUCGGCGCACCGUAAUUUGUCGAGCGCCCAUCAGACCCGCGGCCGCCGCGGCAGCGGGGGGAGGUCAGCCGAGUACCGGGCGUCGGCAGCGGCAACGUCGCGUCGGCCAUUUUAACUUGGUUGUGCGUCGCUUACGGGCGUAGUGACGUUGGACUCGUUGAAGUUAUAAGUGAUAAAAAUGGCAGCAGAAAUGACGUUGGAACUAUUUGAAAAGCAUUUAUCUGAUUUAAAAAAAGAGGAUAUACAGAAAAAAAUGGAUAUUGCCAGGAAUGUAAGCGAACAAUGUGAACUAUACAGACAAAUUGGGAAAGAUAGCACUCCUCCCUUAAUUAAGUGCCACAACCUUACUGGAGUACCCAUAGAAACUUUAAAGGCUGUAAAUUCACUCGAGAAGAAGUCAAUAAAGUUUGAAGAUUGGUUAAAAGAACAAAAGCUAAUGCCACAAUCCUAUAAUUUCGAGUACAACAGCAUACGGCAACUACUGUUAACUAACUAUACGCAACUCCUGGAAAUACCAACAGGAAUAAAAGAUAGUAAAGACUACGACUUCAGUUAUAAGAAGUUUUUCACUCUAGUACAGCUACCAGGAACAAAGGCUUCCAUCAUAGUCGAAAAACCAGAAACAUUCAUGGAGAGACAGAGGUUUUUAUACACAAAGAUGAUGUAUAGGGAACAAAAGAAAAACAUAGUGUACAUAGGCAAGAUAAACCUGCUCCUAAACCAUGGUAAAUUCAGUUACAAAGAAGACAACGUUCAAUCAAAAACUCGGUUUAUCAUAGCAGCUUCGCAAAAGUUUGGUUACUUGGGCUAUAUUUAUUGUUGCGGUACUGGCGAAGAGUAUAUGACGAAUUGGAUAGAAGAGAAAAUUUUACCCCAACUGUCAGAGGAAAGCGUAAUAAUUUUCCAAGAAAACGUUUUAAAUAACGACGAAGAUAAAGUUGUUAGUGACCUGUCGAAGGAGCACAUUAUAAACUGGUUAAACGCUAACGAAAUCCCUCAUGAUCCUAAAAUGCACCGAGCAGAAUUGUAUAAACUUGUAAAGACAAUACAAAAAAGUCGCGUCGAGAAAGUGUCGCCAGCAGAACUGAGUUUUAGAGCAAAGGGCCAUAUUACAAUAAGGAAGAAGAGGUGCAAUUUAAACAACAACUUUUUUGAUCCUUUUUGGGGCUUACUUAUACAUGAGAUGAACCACGCUACGACAAUGCCAGUAAUAAAAACAACAAUGAAGCAGCAUCAGCAAGAUAUAACUAAAACAUUAAAUAUAAUCGUGCAAAAUUGUCCGCUUGAAUAUUGGAACACUUUUGGUAAUACAUUGCUAGACAAAGAAAGAAAUAUCUAUAGAGAAGACUUAGAAAUGGAGCAUGUGAUAGAUAAACUGAUGACUAUGGUAAAACAUGAAGGAUUGCCGAAAGAAUGGGAGACAAAUUCAAAGCUAUAUGAAUAUAGUAGAGCAGCGGAGCAGAAAUAUAUACUUCUUUCCGAUAAUCUAUUACAAUUGUUUGCAAAUAUGCAAACAUCGAAACAUUACAAAACAUUAAAUAUAUUUAAAUAAUAAUUACAUUUUUUUUUCACACACAUACAGCACAUAGUCUCUUACCUCAACCGGGAUAAGUGAAUGUAUGGGAUUAUUGCGUCUAUUGUUCUUUUUUAAACAACGCGAAUUAAAAGAGCUUAUGGCAUCAAGUGAUAAAAACCCGACUACUCAUUCGAGAAAUAAAUAACAGACACAAUUAUCCUAUAGUUGCAUUUACCCCGUUUGGCCUUAUCAUACUCUGAUCUUAUUGGCCAUUUAUUGUUAAUAACACAUACGUUUUUGUUAGUAAUUAGAAACCUUAUAGAAUAUUCAAAUAUCUUGAGCUUUCAUGUUGGCAUUAUGCUGAGUCGGGAUCUUUUCGUGGUAAACAGAAAUACAUACAUAUUAUGUUUCAUAUCUAUGUUACAGUCUCAUAGGUUUGUAUGAAAUAGUAAAUUAGUUUAUUGUUUUAUUUCAGAUCAAGUUUUAUUUCCUGUUUGGGCGAUUUAAGUGUCCAUAUGUGUAUAGAUAUUAAAUCCGAUGUAUCGUAAUCCGGCGGUCGUGAUGUCGCAUCACUAAUAGCGUGCGUUUUGCAUCGGCUUACUAGUGAUGUGCCUGUUUCAUCGAAUCGAUAUGCAGGUGUUUUGAGUGCGAACGGAAUUAUUGUAAUCUGAGUGUUUUUGCGCGGAUUUAACGUUGUUAAUAUGUAUUUUAACAUUUUUGAUAAGUUCGUUUGUUGUCUGAUUAAAUCUGAUGAUAGGUAAUUUAAUAUAAUUUUAAAUAAUUUGAUUGUUACAACUAACACCAAAAAUUUUAUUUGAUGAGAUGGAAAGUCGAUAUUUGAACUAUAAUUUUAACAUCUAGUUUACAUGCUUAUGAAAGAUCUUUAAAUAUUUUAUUUUUCACAACACCAGCUCGUAAAGGCUGUCUUUAUUCUUAAAAAAACGGAUGAGAAAAAUGCAUUUUACCUACAAGAGUGACAAAGUUAUUUGAUGCUAAUGUUAAGUUGUUUCCUUAUGCUGGCUGGUAAAAUCGACUUUUAAGUGAUGUUUUUGAAUGAUAAAUAUUUAAAAGCGUUUAUUUGAAUUCCAUU